UUUAUUUUUAAAAACUUAUCAGAAGGAGAAACUUCAGAAGAUCUGAAGUUUCCCAGUCCAAAUAUCUCUCAAAAGUGAAGACAAAGACUCAGAAACAAUCAUUAGAACAGACCUUUAGCCACUGGUUUGGAAUUUUCCAUUCCAUUGACAGGAAGGCAAAUACCUUCUGUCCUGACACCUUCCUCCUGUCCGGGUUGGCUACCGCGACCCUGCACCUUUGUCCAGCUCCGCCCCGUGUCACCUGGCGGUGGCCUCUCUGCCCACCGGCCUCAGAGCCAGCCCUGGCUCUGCCGAGAUGGGGCUGUCCCUGCCAGGGCUAUGGCUGAAGAGGCUCUGGGUGCUCUUUCAGGUGGCCCUGCACGUGGCCCUGGGCAAAGUGCUCCUGACACUGUUCCCCGGGAGAGUCAAGCAGGACAUCCUGGCCAUGAGUCAGAGGACUGGCAUGGCCCAGAACCCCCACUUCUCCUAUGAAAACUGGAUCCCCACCUUCUUCAGCAUCCAGUAUUUCUGGUUCAUCCUGAAGGUCCGUUGGCAGCGACUGGAGGACACGACCGAGCAAGGGGGUCUGGCCCCAGACUGCCCCGUGGUCCGCCUGUCAGGACAGAGGUGCAACAUCUGGGACUUCAUGCAAGGUAACAGGCCAUUGGUGCUGAAUUUUGGAAGUUGCACCUGACCUUCAUUUAUUUUCAAAUUUGACCAGUUCAAGAGACUUAUUGAAGAUUUUAAUUCCAUAGCAGAUUUUCUCAUCAUUUACAUUGAAGAAGCACAUGCAUCAGAUGGCUGGGCUUUUAAGAAUAACGUGGACAUCAAGAAUCACCAGAAUCUCCAGGACCGCCUGCGGGCAGCCCACCUGCUGCUGGACAGAAGCCCCCAGUGCCCUGUGGUGGUGGACACAAUGAAGAACCAGAGCAGCCAGCUCUACGCGGCGCUGCCCGAGAGGCUCUAUGUGCUCCAGGAAGGCAGGAUCCUGUAUAAGGGUAAACCUGGUCCAUGGAACUACCAUCCAGAGGAAGUGCGUGCUGUUCUGGAAAAGCUCCACAGUUAAUCUGGACAGAUUCCCCCUGUUACAACAGGAGGGCUCCUCAAGGCUUGACUCGCCCCCCGACCCCAUCACAGUUGAUGUUUACGUCUUGAUCUGUGUCCCCAGCUGUGAGCCCAGAUUUUUCUGAUCUAAGCAAACAACUGUUACAAUGAGAAAAUGAAGCCACAAGAAAGCUGGGUGUUAAGGUACAACUCCACACUGCCCCUGCGGUGCAGACCAUGUUCAUUGUAUGUUCAUUUCAUUCUUGCCAAAAGAUUUAAAACAGAGGGUGGUGCUGGUGAUGAGGGGUGGGUUUCCAUAGUAAUAUAUCUUCAAUUCUACUGUAGAAGAAGAGAGUACUCACUUUACCAUCUUUGAAUUUAUUUCAUAGAAAUCUGGCUCUCUGAACCUGGGAAUCUUCCACCAUCUUCCCUUAUCAAAAGUCACUUGUGGGAAGGACUGGCUUCCUGAAAACAUUAUAACUUUGACCAAACUAGAUAACAGGCACCUCAAAGCUGUCAUUCAGUUUUACAGACGCUCGUAUUUGAAAUUCUGUUUCUCUGAUUUCUUCACAAGUCUCUUAACUGUCAUUUGUGUUAGAUGACAUCAGACUAAUGGAUAACCACUGGUAUUGAUCUGUUUUAACUCUGCUUCUUUUCAUAUUUGUUUAUGACGGCCACAGCCUAAAGUACACACAGCUGUGGCUCGAUUUGAAAGAAAAUGUUUUAAGAUGCAGCAAGCUAAUACAGAAUGAUUAAAACGUAUCAGGCUA